AUGAGCCUGCUUCGGAAAGGCGGAUUAAUUGCAAGCCAUGCUAGGUACAUAAGGAAGGGCAAAUUUAAAGACCCGAUAAGUUACAAACAGGUGGUGAGUGAAAAGAAGGAGGAACGGAAAAAAGAAGUGGACAACAUCAGGGGGAACCAAAUAAAGUUUUUAGAGCUUCUCCAUUUCGAUAAUCUAAAAACGCCCCAACCGAAGAGAUUGACGAAAAAAAAAGUACAAAAUGGGGAUUACGUAAGUGGGGGGAAGGGGGGCGGCGGGAAAGGCACCCCCACAAAUGGUGGCACAAAUAUUAGCACAAGUGUGGGGCUCCAUUCGAGGUACCAUGUAGAAUGGGGACAAAGCGAAAAAAAAAGUGACACACAAUCGGGCACAUACUGCCGUGAUACUUUCACAAACAGGCUGAAAAAGAGGGCUCUCCUUAGACGAGUUAUGGACAAAGAAGGCAAGCUGAAGGAAACCCAAACGGAGGACUCCUCUCAGGAAAGAAAGAAAAUUCUCACCAACGGAAGUAAAACCGAUUGUGGAGAUAACCACCCUAGUGGUAGUCUAACGCAAGCACAGCUGCAAAGCAGCAUUAGCAACCUUCUUGUGGAUAAAAAAACGACGCUCAAGAGAAGAAUUCACCUGAUCAAUUUUUCCGUCACAAACAGUUACGUAAGUAAGAAGUAUCACAUACAAGUGAAAAACGACCCCUGUGAGGAUCGCUUUAGCAUAUCAGAACUAAAAUCGAUUGGUCUUUUUGAUGAGCUGGAAAUGAGCAACGGUGAGAGGAAUGCGUCAGACAUGGCCACCUCGAGUGCAUCUUCCCCCCCGAUCGGAGGUGACCAAGCAGAAGGAACGACCGACGCACAUAAUUCACAGAUACCAAGUCAAAGCAAACAAAAUAAGCAAAAAAUUAUGAGAAAGAUUUAUAAGGCAUCCAUAAACCACGUGCGGGAUGAAAACCUGUGGAAGAAAUACGUCCAAAAUGUAUUUAUCAUAUCGGGGUACUUAGACGCAAGCGAAAUAGUAAUCCUCUUUUGGUGCUUUGGAAAAAUCGGCUACAGAGAUAAUAGGCUAAUAAAUUUGCUAUCCUCUAUACUACUGAAGAAGAUAAAUGACCUGACCCCCUGCGCUUUAGCGUUAUUACUAAACAGCUUUAAAAAAUUAGAAGUAAAAAAAUAUGACACGAUGGAAUUAUUUACCAAUCAGUUUUGUCUGCAUAUCCAAAGGUGGACUUCCCAAGAUAUUGCGCUGGUUGCUAACUCUUUGGCUUUUUUUUACAUUUAUCAUAAAGUCUUUUGGAAAAAAUGUAUUUUAAAAUUGCAAAAUGGGUAUUACUUUUCAAACCCUUUACAUUUAUGCCUUAUCAUAUCAGCAUUGGCCAGGCUAGACAUCAGAGAGGGUAACGUUUUAUUAUCCCUAAGUAAAGGGGCAAAGAAAUAUGCAAAACAAUUCAGCCCAAAUAAUUUAGCUCUUGUUAUUCAUUCCUUUGCCAAGUUGAAAUUCUCUCAUCCGAAAUUUUAUAAUUACUUGUAUCAGUUUGUUCAUACGUAUUUGGAUAGGCAGCUUUUCAUGGGUGGGUCUGGCAGGAGUGGCCCCUUAAAAAAUGGGUCCCAAGUGGGGAACAACGAGAGUGUGCGUGUUUGUGAAAAAAGGGAAAACAUGUUACAGAGUGAGAAAAAGACUGCAAGUGAAAAUUCACACGUAGAAGGAAUAAACCAUUUUGAUGAAUCCCAGGUUGAGGAGUACCCCCAUGUGGAGGCUGCACCAAAAUGUGACGCUGUGACUACUAUGUGGAAUUCCCAACACGGGGAGGAUGUGCCCCUUGGUUCUCUUCCCCCAGGUAGGGGGCAUGAAAAAGACGCUUAUCACAACAGCAGCAGUAGUAGCUUCGGUGCAGACGACAGUUCGCCGGACACCCCACUUAGGCAGAACGAGAAGGCCCACUUCGACCUGCAGUCUCUCGUACUUUUACUCUUCUCGUGCACGUGUCUAAUCACCUGUACGGAAAAUAUGAUCCUGAAGCUGACCUACCUGAUCCUACCUCUGAAGGAUCACUUGGGCAGUCACAAAAUGGAAAAGCUGAAAUACGUAAGUGAGUAUAUACAAUAUACCUACCCAGAGACCUUUGCAAAAUUCCCAAAAGAAAUAAAAAUGUUUUAUAACUACAUUGAUACAUAUGAAAUUAAGAAAAAAAAAAAAAAAGUGAAAUAUGGAGCCAGGUGGAUUAAUGAAUUGUCCAAAAUUUUAGCAAGAAUAAAUGUAAGUCAUUUAAAAAACGUUUACAUCAAUCAUAUAUGUGCAGAUAUAAUGUUACCCGAUUCGCAAGUUAUCAUUAUGUGUUUAGGACCAUAUAGCUAUUACGUAAAUUCGUUGGUAACAACGUCUACUUCCGAUUUGAAAAAAUUCAUUCUUGAGAAAAAAAAAUAUAAGGUCAUCCCCCUGAGUUACCACGAAUGGAAUAAGCUGAACGACUACGAGGAAAAGAUUCGCUUUCUCUAUGCCUUCGGGAGAGGUGCGGCAAACUAUUUGUUCGCGAGCGCGAAAAAGGAAGUGACAGAGGGAGAGAAAUCGCAGUCAGACAUACAUGCGUCAGGGAAUAUUUUAGCAUCCUCGGGGGGUGCAGAACAAGGAGGAAGCUGUGAAAGUGGCGAUGAAAACGCAAGGGAGGUGGGAAACUGGGCCCUAGAUCAUGACCCCAUGGAUGCCCCAAUUGAUGAUUCCAAGCAGCACAGCAAAAAUGACCCGAGCGAGCCAAAUGAGCAAAGUUACACUUCCGAUGAGGAAGACGAAGUUAUCGAUUUCAUAAAAAAGGGAAUCAGCGUCGACGGUGGGAAUGAAGAAGACCCAGACAGGGACCACAUCGAAAUAGAGGAGAUAAAGAAAUUCUUGGAGGUUGAAAAAUUGUGA